AAGGCCGCGCUCGCUCGGCUUCGGCCCGCUGACGACGCCGCGAAGACGCCCGGCACCUGCCGGGAAUGGAGGCCUGCUGCGCGAUCACUGUUGCCGAGGACCUUGUGGGCGACCAGAUUGUCCCGGGCGGCGGCCGCUGGGGCGCUCCGCACGCCGCCGGCCUCGUCGACUCCUGGCUUCAGAUGCAGACAUCUGAUUUAGAGUCGCUGCUGUGCAAGCAAGAGGGCGCUGCACUCGCGCCCGCCCACAUGGACCUCUUCGACGGGGGCACCUCCUCUCGCGACGAUGCCUUCCUUCGCCCCGCACUCUGGGAGGACAUCGCCUCUUCCAUCAGGAAUAUUGAUCCUGAGAAUGCGAAUAUGCUCGCUCCACUGGGAGCCACUCAUGUCAAAUUGGAAGCGGAAGAUGCGCUUCUAGAGGAAUGCGCCACUCCCCUCCUCAGUCCGUUGGAGAUCAAGACAGAGCGGUUGUGUGCGCCGACAUACGCUCAGCCGCAACCGCCACCACACGCACCGCAGCACCAACCCACACCCUCCUUCUCCAAAUUCCCACCGUCGCGCCUAGUUUACAUGUCACCACUGACGCCACCCGGUUCAGAUCAGGGCAGCCCAGGAAACUCCAUGCAGCAAGUGUGUGGUGUGUGGUUGCAGGGCGGGCCUCGCAGGACGCCGCCACCACCGUACCACCCGCCGCCGCUGCUGCGUGCGCCUCACGUAUCGCCGCAUCCAGGCGCGCAUCCGCAUCAUCAUACACAAUCAAUGGCUCAGUCACUGCAGCUGCCCAGUCAGGCGCCCGCGCCGCCGCCGGCGCCACACGCGCAUCCAUCUUUACCGCACUCGAGACUCGCGCCGCCGCAUUCUGUCAAGUACAAUAGGCGGAACAAUCCCGAACUUGAGAAGAGAAGAGUGCACCACUGUGAUUUUAUAGGUUGCACUAAAGUGUACACAAAAAGUUCACAUUUGAAAGCUCACCAGCGGAUACACACAGGUGAGAAGCCGUACACUUGCCAAUGGCCGGAGUGCGAAUGGCGGUUCGCGCGAUCUGACGAGCUGACGCGCCACUACCGCAAGCACACGGGUGCCAAACCUUUCAAGUGUGCCGUCUGCGAGCGCUCGUUCGCGCGCUCCGACCACCUCGCGCUACACAUGAAGCGGCACCUACCCAAGACCUCCAAAUGACACGCAAGGAGGGGCGGAGACCAGCCGCCCGUGCCACCUAACACUCAGGAGGAAUGCAGCGAGAGCAUCUUCCUGGAGUGCGACCUGGACGCAAAUUUGAUGGACACCUUGUACAGCGUGCUGUGACAGACGAUGUCCGCAAUCCCGCAUCGCGAGUUCAACAUCGUCGCUACGUCUUACAACUCAAAUAUUAUUAUCGCCGAGUGAAAAUGCCUCGAGGUACACACCCGCACCGGCGAAUAGCUCUCAAAACAUUCUCAAUACUUUAAUUAUUUGUAUAAGUAAUGUAGUACCCAACGGUGUCCAUCCCAAAAUUACCAGUUAACCAUAAUGUAAAUGUCGUUGUUACGAAGGCACAAAUAGGUACAACCGUACAAUAAUCUACAGCAUUACCAAGGAAAUCGCUUUACGUACAUACCUAAAUAUUAUUACUAAUUGUAAACGAUUAGAACAGAGUCAUCUAUAGCAGCCCAAAACAAGUGUAUUUUAUAAAU